UGAACUGUUGAAGCUUUGGCUGAACCUGACCUGCUACCUACUGCUUUUUUUCUCGCUUUGCGUUGUUCAUCGUGCAAUUCCGGUGAUUAACUUAUAUUUGGAACAUUUUGUACGCAAAAUGUCAAAACAAGGGGAGAAAAAAUGCUGCCUGCAGUUAUGCAAACCCUUGACCACCAAUAAUUUGGCGUUCCACUAUCUUCCCCUGUUCGGAGCAGUCAACUAUGCUACGCUUUCCGUCAACGUGAUGCAUCCUUCGCUCAUCGCGAGGCUGUGCCCUGCACGGGAUGUGACGAACGUCCUACUGGCGAAUUCAGUCGUAGGCACUACUCUGUAUAUCUACAGCAGACCCCAUUUGAAACAUGCCCCAACACAAACGAGGCUUUUAUACAGUGGUUUUAGUGCUGUGAUGUUUAACUUUGGCUCAGUGCUUGUCUGGGCAGUGCUCAGGACCGUUACAAAAAGUCAGUGCAUCGCGACCUUAGUCGGCCUCUUGUCCGGUUUUGGUAUGGUAGCAGCUGGCAAACACUGUCUUCAGUACAUCGACAGCCAGGUUGAAACUUCAUCAAGUUCAUAAUGAUUGUUUUUGAUAAAAAGUAAAUCUUUUGUACACUAGUCUCACAUCUUGGUAAUAAAAAAUGCAUUUAGUGUCAUGCUAUGGCAUGGUUGUUGAAAUUGUAAUUAUCAUUUGUUCCACUAAAAUAUUUUUUGAAAACGAACAGCAGAACAUUUUAAAAUAAUAACAUUUUAAGUCAAAUGUUUUGUAACAUGAAUCAGUGUGGAAAUAAAAAACUUUAUUUCAGG